GAGACACAGGAGAGAAACCACUCACGCCGCCAAAACCUAGCAAGCCGACGGUCACACAAAACACUUUUGUAGAGAAAAUGGCAGCAGUGAAACCAAUUCCUGUCAUUGAUUUACAAAAAAAACGUUUCACACGGCGUCCGCUGGAAGAAAAAAAGAGGAUAAAGGAUCUUGGACCCGACCAACCCGAUUUACAAAUCCAGCAGCAGGCCAGUGACCGAGGACGUAGCUACACCCGGGGCUUCACCCGCUCCUGUUAUGCCAAACGGACUUGGCUGGCCGGAUGCGAUGUUAGUAAUGCCUUUUUUUGCUUUCCCUGUCUUAUUUCAGAGUGUUGGCACAGAGGUUUUGUGGACAAAAACGGGGGUGAGAGACGUAAAACAUCUCUCGGAAAGAUGCAAACGUCAUGAAAGUACUCGCAGCCAUCUUAAAAAUAGCAUGAAGCUAAUGUUUUUUGGCCGAGUAAGCAUUGCAGAAAAACUAGAUGAAGGCUACAGGACUGACAUUAGAAGGCACAACGAAGAGGUGACAAAAAAAUCGUCAAAUACUGUCUAGGAUAAUAGACUGUGUGAAGUGUUGUGGAGCCUUUGAGUUGGCUUUACGUGGCAACGAUGAGAGUGAGAGCUCCGAGAACCCCGGGAUAUUCGGCGACUUGGUGGAUUUUGCUGCCUCUCUAGAUGGAGCUUUGAAAGAGCACCUCGCAAGUGCCACUGUAUUUAAGGGAACGUCAAAAACGAUACAGAAGGAGCUACUUGACUGCAUGUUGUCUGUCACAAGAGAAAAAAUAAUCAAAGAAGUCCAGACAAGUGAUUUUUUUUUAUCAAUCCAGGCAGAUGAAACAACAGAUAUUGCCACACAGUCCCAACUUGUACUCCUACUGCGCUACAUCGACAAAAACAAUGCUGCUAUUGAGUUCACCCCUCUGCAAUCAGCUACAAAUGAGUCCAUUGCUGCUGCGCUGAAAGAGUGUCUUGCUACCAUCCUUCCUGAGGGUAAGAAAAAUAAGCUCAUCUGCCAGGCAUAUGAUGGGGCCUCCGCUUCCGCUGUUCAGAGGGAAAUACAAGAUGUGUACCCAAAAUGCCCACUAUGUCCAUUGCUACGCACAUCAGCUCAACCUGAUAAUGCAACAGGCCACCUCUCACAUAUCCAAGGUGAGGCAUUUUUUCUCUAAGAUUUGUGGAUUUGCCAGCUUUUUUUCCAAGUCACCCAAGCAGACAUGUUUUCUGGAUAAAGUGGUUGCCGAGAGACUGCCGGGAUCCGGCAACAUCCGAUGGGACUUUCAUAGCCGUGCCAUCAAUACUGUCUUUGAGCACAGAGAGGAUCUUAUUCGCUGUUUUGAGAGCAUACAAGACUCGGGUGACUUUGACCCCAAUACUGUCAGAGAAGCAGGAGUCCUGGCCAAGCUGCUGAAAGAUCAGGAUUUUAAGUUCUUUCUGGAACUUUAUCACCACAUCACGCCAGAUGUAGACUUCUUCUCGGCCAAGCUCCAGAAGAAGAACAUUGAUUUGGCCCAUAUCAAAGGGAGCAUCCAACAGUUCCAACAGGAAAUACAAAAAAUCCGGCGCUCUCUCCAUUCCAUUGGUGAGCAAAGCAGUGGUGCUCGGCCAACGAAGAGGCGCCGCGCGCUCAGUCCAGAAGACCGUGAAAGGAUUGCAGCAGAGGUCUGUGACUUCAUCCUGGGACACACUAGGGAGCGUUUCUCCUUCACAGACCACCUUGUCUGCGCCACCUUGUUGCAGGGGGACAGGUUUGAGGAGUACAAAGGUAGCUUUCUUGAAGAUGCACUUAGCAGCACCGUAAAAGCCUACCCGAUGCUCAGUGGAAGCAAGCUGAAGAUGGAGCUCAGUCUCAUCUACAGCAAGGAAGAGUUCAAAGCCUGCCGUGGUGCUGUGGAUCUCUUCCAGCUGUUUAUGGAGAAUAAUCUUGAAGAAGUCUUUUCCGAAACGGUGACUCUGCUAAAAGUUGUCAUUACAACACCCAUGACCACGGCUGAAGCUGACCGAUGUUUCCCAACCUUGACAAGAAUAAAAACCUUCCUCAGAAACACCGUGACCCAGAAGAGGCUCAAUGCACUGGCCAUGCUGUCCAUGGAAAAGACACUUGUUACUGGGAUGACUGAAAUUUGCUCACCAGAGGCAAAGGAGAAAAAAAUGUAUGUUCAAGUAGUUAUGUUUGUAGCUUGA